CCUGCUGUUGUUUUCUGUCAUUGUCAACUGACCGUCAUUGGAUUUGCGAAGUUGUUUUUGUUUUUCCUCGCCGGAAUUUCGAUUGUGAUAGCAUAGGACAAAAUGUGAAUUUAUAUUAUUGUGUCAUAUAUUAUCAUAGCGGUUCAUUGUCCUUAAACAUCUUAACCAUUACCAAUUCGUGUUAAUACGUUGAUUGAACAGAACGUGACAGUGACAAGAUGAUCAGCUGUUUCACAUAAUUAUUUGUAUUUCAAAAACUUUUUCGUGUUAUUGUAAUCUAAAUCAUCGAUAAUAUUUUUGUAAAUACGUUAUUAAGCUAGACAAGUGAUAAUGUGGUCUAGUUUAGGUCAUAAGUUUAAUUUCGUUGCAUUUUUCCUACUUUAUUUUGCGGCUUCUGUUGCGACACAAGAUGCAAACAUAACAAUACCAUUGAAUGCUACACUUACAUAUGACAACAAGGAACUUUAUGGAGCUUUCGUAACACUAAACGGAGAGUCGCACAUACAAGUUAACUUUAGCGACAUUAACAAAAGUUUGAACUUCAUCGUCUUCCAGGCUCAUAGCCAUUUGUUGAAUAUUUCUUUGUACACAAAUGAUACGAGCGGUGAACAAGGAGUAUUUGGAACAAAUCUGGGAUUGGUCAGCUUCGUCAAAUCAGUGAAAACAUUUCAUGUAGUUAAUCCUAAUAAGAACUUGACUGCCCGAGUGUUUAUUUCCGUUCAUGGAUAUGAGGAAUUCGAUCCGAUACCAGGGGGUUGUAACAUGGAGUUUCCAGUUCCGAUAUCCCCGUUCAUUCGAACAUUCACCUACCCUGACUACAUCUUCAUCGAUGCAGCACCACCAGCCAUGGAUCCAGAUUGUAUUGUUCCUCUCAUAAAUAGUAUGGAGUUCUAUAUGAUGUACUUGCCUGACUUGAAUUUCUAUGCCGACACUUAUUUUGAUGGCAUCAGGAAAAUGAUGACUCUCAAGAAUAUUAAGAAGUAUGGAAAACUGCUCCCAAUGAGUUCCUGGCCAGAAACUCGGCGUAUGUUGAGCACAUAUCCCGGCACGGGUGCAGUUUACGCCGUUGUUGCUACGCGGGUCCUUAAGAAUGAGACACGGUACUCCGUCUACGUGCCGAACCAUAGUUACGGAUGUGCCGAUGUUAUUGAAGACGGAUGCGAGAUGAUUGAUGACUGGCUAUCACAAAUAAUGUGUGCAACACUGUUAUUUGUUGGUUUGUUCGUCUGCUUCUUUGGACAUCGAUUCUUUAAGACUGAGAUGUUCCUAGCUGGAUUCUUCAGUGGUGUCAUUAUAACUUAUAUACUGAUAGCUUUGAUAGCUUCCAUUGAUAAACCUGCUCUGCUAGGAGCAGCGGCGUUAUCUGGAGUAUUCUUCGGAGCAAUAUGGUGGUUGUUCUGGUGGCUGUACGGCAUACCUGUGCUUGCGGUACUUCUGCCUUCCUUGAACUUGGGCUUUUUGUUAGCCGCGAUAUUCUACUAUAGAUUGCCAGGUCACCAAAUCUACUUAGAAAUGGACUUCAAUUUCUGGAGCAUCUUCGUACUAGUAGUAAUGCUAACAGCAUUAGCCGUAGUUUCAGUAAGCUACGCAGCUAACAUUCUAUGCUGUGCCAUCCUCGGCGCGUACGCAGCCGUGCUAUCGAUCGACUACUACUUGGGAUCACAUAUGAAGUUCAUACUGAUCAAUGUGUUCAGAAGAGCUGUUGUGCCAAAUUUUAAUAAGGCCAUUUUGGCUGCACCGUCGCCUUUUGAAUGGAGAGAUUUCACGGUUACACUAAUAUGGGUGAUAUUGGCCACACUGGGGUUCACUUUUCAGCACUGGUAUAACAGAGGCAGACCUCCUUUCCCUCCACCUCCAAGGAUUGUCCGGCCUAGCAUGGAACCUACUAUGUAUGGUGCUGUUGAAUACUUCAUGAGACGUGAACGAGCAACACCCACAAUACCUGCUAGAAGAGCACAGAACGAACGUACUGCUCUACUAGCUUAGGUACACGUAUCACAAUUGAAUAAGUAAAGGUAAUAUUAACAUGGUUGCCAUACUUACCGGGCGACCUUCCUACCAACCUGAUGAACCGAUAACUCACUCUGGCGACUUAAAAACUUAGUCUGACAACUUGACGAUUCAGUCUAGCGACCUUACGAUUUCGUCUGGCCGCCUGACGAUUCUGUCUGGGGCCCUGACGGUUUUGUCUGGCAGCCUGACGAUUUUGUCUGGCGACUUGACGAUUCAGUCUGGCGACCUAACGAUUCAGUCUGGCGACCUGAACCUAAACAGUCGUUCGAAUCGUACCAACCUUGUAUUGCUAGUUCUAUCCGAUAUGGUUUUUUGAUCUGAAGUCACCGACAUGUGUUGGCGGGUCGCCUUUAGUUAUGCAUAGAGUGAGUUAGGGUUACGUAUUACCAUCAAAUAGGCCGACAUAACUAGUCUUACUAAACUGUUCUUUUUGCUCAUAAAAUAGUUUUUGAACUUACGUAAAUUGCAAAAAAAGAUCUCAUGAACAAAACCGCUUCCCACAGAAUAUACAGACUUUUAGUUAUAAGACCCAACUGCAAAGAAGGGUUAUGUUUUGACACUAAUCUUCUAAUCGUAUGUACUGGCCAUAUUUCCAAAGAUAUACUAACUUCAUUGUUAUUACAUUUUAUAUGUCUAGUUUUACGCUGUUCGGCCAUUUUUGCGUAUUUUUAAGCGUUUCUCAUUUACAUGUAACCAGUCUCAAAAACGUUACUGAUUUGUAUGUGGCAUAGAGACUGAAUUUUCCGAAUAGUGGUUAAAGAAUAUUUUUUAGGACUGGUUAUGUGAAAAUGAAAACUACUUUUCUAAGAAUAAUUAGUCAUUAGUGAAUACACCAAAAUAUGCUAAUAUAUUUACUUAAGAAUGCCUUGCAAUGCUCGCUUCAACGUCCAUUUUUCUAAUUAAAAUUUAAAUGCAUAAAAAUCAAAAUUAUGAUAUUUAGAUAUGUGAAAAAAUACUCUUCCAUUUAUACUCUGUACUCUAGUGUAAUCUUAGUAUACUUAAAAUAUUAAUUCGACGAUUAAAAGGGCUUAAUAUUGUAUCAAAUUGAACAGUUAAUCGCCUUCUUAUUAAUAUGAUAUAAGCUUAAAUUUCUUCUUCCAAUUCCAUAAUUUAUUACUGUAGCAAACAUAAACUUAUAUUUAAAACAUAUCAUGAUAUAACCAGACAUAUUGUAAGACUGUAUAUCUUGUGAUUUUAUGUGUAAGUGUGGACUAGAAGUGUAAACAUUCCCAUUUAACGCUAAUACAUUUUUGUUUAAUUUUUUA